AUGGGUAUCUCUGCUAGUACUGCUCCUCCAGCCGUAUCACCACUUGAAGCUCUCCUCGAUGCUGUCGACGUGGAAGCCGUCGCGGACCGCUUGGACCACGGCGCGGUUGGCCACGUCGGCCAUGGCGCCUGGACCACAGACCACGACCGUCGUGACGCGACCGACUUCGAGCGACGACCGGACAACGGCCGCCACGUCCAUCCGACCUGGCGUGGCGGCGAGCUUGCCGGCGCCAGCUACCGGGCUCGUGCACCAGAAGCGAUACUCCAGCCCCACGACGUGGGCGGCCGGGACGAGGAAGCGCUCCUGGACGUGGCCGAGGAGGGCGGCUUCGUGGGCCGACCAGGCGAGGAUGAAGCGUGUGGCGCGCGGCAUGAUCGUGGAGGUGUGUCCCGACUCGCCGACUUCACUUUCGCCGCCGACAGCGCGACCCUGGGCCGUCGACACGUACUCUUGCAGGAUGCCCAAGGCAUGGGUGAUGCCGAUGCCGCCCACGACGCAGAGGACGGUGUCGGCUGCCUUGAGCGGCUGCAGCGUGGCGCGGUGUCCGGCAUAGGGUCCUUCGGUGUAGAGCGGCAAGUCAAUGGCGCGUCCGAGGCCGGUGGCCGCGUGGUCACGCAGCCAGGCGGUCAUGCCGUCCUGGGUGCGGAUCAGAAACUCGACCGAAGGACGGGCGGUGGUGGCGCUCUGUCCUUGGUCGUGGUGAUGGUUGUGGUGGUGAGGAAGGGACUGCACUUGGACAGAUGCCUCCUUUUCGUCUGGCGUGGUGGCCACUUGCGAUGUCAGGUCGGCCUUGUCGGGGACCUCGGUGAUUUCAUCGACGCCGGCGCCGUCGGAGGACGACGAUCCGCGCGUCGGGUCACCAGCCGCACCAGAGGCUGCAUCCGCCCGACGCUGGCCGUGGUCGCGGCGCAGCGACGGCGACUGUCCCGGUGGGCGCGUGUCGCUGUCGUUCCAGGCCGCCACGCUGAACGGAUGGCUCUCCCAGCCUUUGCCCCAGCCGAGGCUCGGAAAAUAGAGGAACGCGUGCUGGCCGGGGCCGUAGUGCCAAGUCCGCGGGUAGACGGUGACGUGCACAAGGUUGGCCGAUCCCGGCACGGCCUCGACCGUGGCCUGCUGCUGGUGCUGGUGCUGCGCCGGGCGGAGUCGGCCCAUGUAGAGGCGGCUGUAGUACAAGAUGCGACCGACACGCACGGCGCGGUCAAAGGCCCAAAAGGCAAACGUAAUGUACAGCCAGGUCUGGUAGCCGUAGAUGUAGCCAAAGUGCGGCACCAGGUGGUACCAGCAGCCGACGAGCACGAGGAUGGCGAGCGCGAUGUGCACGACCAAGAAGAUCUCGUACCAGCGCGUGCGCAGCGGCAGGAUGGCCAGGCCCGCCGCCAGGCAAAACGCAAUGGUGCCGACGAUGCCCCACCAGUAGAAGGGCAUGGCGACCUCGGCGGCGUAGGCGGCGGCGCCCGCAUAACCGGGUGUAUAGUACGCAUAGGUGUAGACAAUGGAGUGCACGACGGCCUGGACGGCGGCGACGCGCGCGGCCCAGCGGUGCAGCGCCAGAAACGUGGACUGGCUCCAGCCGGUGAGCGCCAGCAGCAGGUUGUUGCGGCCGGCAAACAGCACGGCCAUGCUCAGGUUGACGAGGCUCAGCGUGCCGGUGCGGUUGCCGACAAACUCGCACAGGUUGAACUGCGGCGAGUGCCAGAAGAUGUUGGGCGCAAAGGUCGAGAAGGAGACGCAGCACAGGACAAUGUUGAGCACGAGAUAGACGCCGAUGAACAGGCUGAGCGCGCGGCUCGGCACAUAGCCAAAGCCGCCGAACGAUGGCUCGUGGUGGCGGGAGACGCGGCCCAAGAGCGCCGGGAGGCCGACGUGCUGCUGGAGCGCGGACCAGACGCGGGAGACCUGCAGCCGGCGCUCAAAGGCCGGGAGCGCGCCGCGCAGCUGGGCAAACAGCCCGCAGGCCACGAUGAUGCCAAUCGUCGUCAAGUACACGACCAUUCUGACGGUGUCAGCAUAUCAUUAGGAGAAUCCGGUUCUAUAGCACACCUUGGGUCGUCCUUACGCGUAUUUUGUGUGGUAGUACUCCGACUCGGCAAAGUUGCCCUCGCUGCCGUACGUCGAGGCGUACAGAUCGGCGUUGACGAGGCUCGUCGCGUUGAGCCACACGGCCGCGGCAUCGAGCUCGGCCGUCGGUGCCGUCGCCGGCAGGCUGUCUUGGUACGAGGGCCCCGCGGCGUCGCCGCCCAGCGCAUGCGCCACAAAACACGCCGCCUGCUUGUCCGCGUCCGUGUAACCGUGCGCGUCGCAGUUGGCCUGGAUACAGUACGCCAUCGUCUGCAGCCACGGCGUGUUGCUCGCGCGGCACGCGUCGCUCGUCGUGCCCAUCAGCAUGCCGCCCAUGUCGUCGCCGCCCAUGUCCAUGCCGUCGCCGCCCAUGUCGCCGGCGCUGAAUGUCGUGCAGUUGAGGUAGAGGGCCGACAGCGAGUCGGCGCAUGCCUGGCAGCACAGGUCCUGCCAGAACGAGAUGCCAUAGCCGAUGAUGCCGGUGCCGGUCUGGGCCGACACGACGGAGACCGAGACAAGCGAGAGCAGCGGCACAAUGGCAAGCAGCCGUGA